AUGCAAUUAAGUAUGUAAGACUUUUAAAGAGAAUUCAAGUAAAUUUUUUUCAUGUUAACAUUAUAGAUAAUUAAAUCUUAAUUCAUGUAUUUGUUAGAAGGGUUUUAUGAUAAUGGUUAAUUAAUUUGGGAAAGUAAAUAAUUAAAUUAUUAUUAUUGCUAUAGAAUGUUCUAAUUAAUGUCCUGCAUGUUAAGGAAAAGAGAUUAUUGGCAUUAAUUAUAAUAGAAUAAAUUUAAUCUAUUAUGAAGAGAUAUCCUGGUUUAUCUGGUUUUUAUCAAGAUGAAAAUGAAAAUGUUCAAGUAUUUGUUCAUUUUAAUAAUAAAUAGAAUGUCAUUUCAAAUGUUAAAGUGUUCUAUAUAAAGAGAUAAUUGUAUAAGUUGUUCUAUUUCUAAAACAUCAAAUAAAUGAUCAAUAUCCAAUUGUAUUUAUAAGGAUGGCUAUUAUAAUGAUACUUAAGAUGAUUAUUAAAAAUAUAGUAAUUGUUGUAAGCAAUGUUAAGAUUCAUCAAAUAAUUGUUUAAGUUGUUUUAGUAAUGUUAGAAAUACACCUCCUUUAUGUAAUUGCAAUUUUGGAUUCUUUGAAAACUCUACAUAAAAUUGUGAACGUCUAAAACGUAUAACAUUAUUUAUUAAAUAUUUAGCGAGUGAAAAUUAAUGUGAAACAUGUGAAAAAUCUCGUUCUAAUUUUUUGACUUGUAAAAAGGAUAGAUAUACUUAAUUAUGUGUAUUUUAAGAAGAAUAUAAUGAAGGUGGAUAUCCUUAUCGUAUUUGUAUUAAUUUAUUUAAUUAUUAAUAGAAUGUGAAUAUUAAACGUAUUCGUAUGAAUUAAUCUUAAUCUAAAUGUCCAGAUGGAUUCUAUGAUGAUUUUAUAAGCUAAAUUUGUGGUUGGUUAUGUCAAACAUGUAAUUUAAAAUGGUUGUUUAGUUUUUAUGGUAAUAGAAUAUUAAGUUUAAACAGAACAUGUCAUUAAACACCAAAUUCUAUUUGUCAUAUUCAUACUCCAUUGUGUUCAAGUAAAUUAAUUAUAUAUAUUAUUAUAGAUUGUAGUAUAAGUGAAAUUCUCUGA